AUGUCAAUCCCCCAGCGCCGGUUCAGGUUUACUCUUCUAGACAUCAUCAUUCUGCUUUGCGGGACCAUCUGCAUCCCUUGGCCUAUUGUCAGCUUCUGGAGCUCUGCAAUUGGCCUUCGUGUUAUCCUGUACGGCAACGCGGAGCAGCCUGUUUACCCCUAUUUUCGACCUCGGGGAUGUCUGCCGGAGCUCGCGUCUACAACAGCGCUUGCUAUCUUCAUGCGCAACGAAACCCCAAUUCCAACUAGUUGCCUGAAGCACUUUCGCUUUGUCUUACUCAGCGACACCGAUCACUUGGACGUGGCGCAUACUGAACAAGAAGCCCUCGCCCAGCAUGCCGUGUAUCUGAGCAAGGGCAUGGCUAAAACUCCUAUGUAUCGCCGCCGCGAUAGAAACACCCGUUACAAGGCUGGUAGUCUCAAAGACUACCUCGACAACCAAUCCAAAGGAGACAACUUCUUCGUCACUCUGAAUUCAGAUAGCGCCAUGAGCGGCGAUAGGCUCUGCCGUCUGAUAUCUAGCAUGGAAAGAGACCCUCAUAUAGGCUUGUUGCAGACCAUAGUCAUCGGAAUGCCCGCAGUCAGCGCUUUCACACGGCUCUACCAGUUCGGCCUGCGUCAUGGAGUGCGGACCUACAACAUGGGAUUCAGCUGGUGGGCUCACGACUGGGCCCUGUACUGGGGCCACAACGCUAUCAUUCGCACCAAGGCCUUCCACGAGCAUUGCAUGGUCCGGGUGCUCCCUAUCGAGACGGAAAGCUACGAGACUAAUCCGCCUACCUUUCUCGACUUCCUAUGUCGCGAGCUCCGCUGGUGCCUGGGGACAAUGCAGUACUGGUUUAUGCUGAGCGAACCUGGCAUCCACCCCAUCAGCCGCUUUGAGGUGUAUCAGACCUUGACCACGUAUAUCGGUCAAGCUUGCUGUGUUUUGAUGAGAUUGGCAUGCGUCGCGAAGGAGGUCAUGGGAGAACCAAGGAUUGUUCAAAUGAGCCUCGUAUUUGGCUGGACUCUACACCUUGUUCUCGCUGCCUUCGGCAUGUUCCCCAAACUCGCCGGCGUCUUUGAAGUGGUUAUAACGUCUUCCAGGUGCUACGGUGGUAGUUUCCGCUGCAUCCUAUCAACUCUGAUGGAGUUGUUCCUGAUGACGCUCAUCACCCCGAUCACGGCUAUGGUCGUUGCGGUGUUCUUGGGCGGCCUGCUUAGAGGCAAGUCUAUUACAUGGGACGGGCAAAACCGCGAUCGGCUUGGUCUCAGCUGGCGCGAUAGCUUCCGUGUUUUGUGGCCGCAGACCAUUCUUGGCUUUGGAAUCUUGCUCGCUGUUCAAGGCACUGCCACGCUUGCAUGGGCUAUUCCGUCAGCCGUUGGCCUCUUGCUUGCGGUACCCAUCGCUGUAAUCACGACGUCGUCCCAUUUCGGGAAUAUGGUCACUUCUAUGCGCCUAUUUGAGAUUCCUGGAGAGACUCAGCUCCCGCCCUUGUUGUCUAAGUUGCUUCCAACAGAGGUUGAAAUGAAGAAGUUGAGUUGA